UGUCAUUUUGUUGUCACCGGCUGUCAAACGUCAAAAUUUUAACCUCUUAUGUUCGGGACGUCAUGUAAAUACACGUAAUAAAUGGAUUUAAUCAAAUUCUUCGUACAAUAUGUUGGUUGUUUUAAAGCAGGAGUUGUUCUUGAUCAUAGUUUUUACAAUAACCUGCACUGCCGGAAUUAGAACCUACUCAAAAAAUGACUUAAUAAAACUAAGAGAAGAAGUGAAGGACAUGUUUUACCACGCCUACGACAGCUACUUGAAAUAUGCAUAUCCCUAUGAUGAGUUACGGCCAAUCAGCUGUGAUGGAAUUGAUACCUAUGGAAGCUAUUCGUUGACUUUAAUUGACGCUCUGGGAACAUUAGCAAUAAUGGGUAACCAUUCUGAAUUUCAACGAGUUGUGGACAUACUAACUGCAAAGCCAGACUUCGAUGCAAAUAUAAAUGUUUCUGUUUUUGAAACAAACAUCAGAAUUGUGGGGGGGCUGCUUAGUGCUCACUUAUUGUCUCACAGAGCAGGUAUAAAAUUGGAGCCUGGUUGGCCUUGCAAUGGACCUUUAUUAAGACUGGCGGAAGAUGUCGCUAAAAGAUUAAUCGUCGCUUUUGACACCAAGACUGGCAUGCCCUAUGGAACAAUAAAUCUGCGAAAUGGAAUUCCAAAAGGUGAAACUCCUGUCACAUGUACUGCAGGAAUUGGGACUUACAUUUUGGAAUUUGGUACUCUGAGUAGACUAACGGGUGACCCACUAUAUGAAGAAGUGGCAUUAAACGCUAUUCACUCUCUUUAUAACCACAAAUCUCCUCUUGGACUAUAUGGUAACCACAUUGACGUUGAAACUGGCAGGUGGACUUAUCAAGAUUCUGGUAUUGGUUCAGGAAUAGACUCAUAUUUUGAAUAUUUAGUUAAAGGUUCAAUUCUUCUUCAAAGACCAGAGCUACUAGAAAUAUUUCAUGAAGCGCGAAAAUCAAUUGACACAUACCUAAAAAAAGAUGAUUGGUAUAUGUGGGUAUCUAUGACCAAAGGUCAGGUUACAAUACCUGUUUUCCAGUCACUUGAGGCCUAUUGGCCAGGAGUUUUAAGUUUAAUAGGUGACACUACACCAGCUAUGAAAACCCUCCACAAUUAUCAUCAAGUCUGGUUACAGUAUGGCUUUACACCAGAAUUUUAUUACAUACCUCAGGCAGAAGCAGGAACUAAUAGAGAAAGCUAUCCCCUACGGCCAGAGUUAAUAGAAUCCAUUAUGUACCUAUAUAGGGCAACACAAGACCCAUUUUUGCUUCAAGCAGGUGAAGAUAUUUUAAGAAGUAUUCAACACAGCGCAAAAACUCCUUGUGGCUAUGCAACCAUUAAAGACGUCAGAGAUCAUAGAAAAGAAGAUAGAAUGGAAUCGUUCUUUCUCUCUGAAACCACAAAAUACCUCUAUCUUCUUUUUGAUACAGAAAAUUUUAUUCACAAUCAAGGGCAACAUGGCACUGUUAUUAACACACCUAAUGGUGAAUGUAUAAUAGAAGCUGGUGGCUAUGUUUUCAACACAGAAGCCCAUCCUAUAGACCCGGCAGCGUUGCAUUGCUGCUACAAUAUUCCAAAAUUGAAUGUGUUCAAUUUUUCUGACUUUGAGACAAAGAAAAAUAUUUUUAGAGGGGAUAGCAUUGGUGAAAGAAAAUUUUCAUUGAACGAAAAUAAUUGCAGUGAACCUGAGGAAGAAAAUAUUGUUGUAAAUAAGACUGAAGAUAUUACUGUUGAUGAAAUAACAACUGAAUCAAGUAAUAGUUACGUAAAACUAGAAGACAACGAUAAUAUUAGUCAGAAAAUAAAUUCCGAAACAAUCGAGGGUAAUGUAACGCUACUCACAGACGCUGAAAAUAAGUCGCAACCUGUUAGGAAAACGACUACAGGCAAGAAAAAAUUUGACGUCCAAGUAAUGCUUGAACGCCUCCGUAAAGAGGGUAAGCAUUGGAGAAACGAAACCUCAGAGAAUAACUACAAGUUACUUAGCUGCAAAGCGCAGCCAUUUUUGCAAAGAUUGUCAAUACUCGGAGAAUUUUUUAAAUACUUCUAAAAUUGUUAUUUUAAUUAUGUUAAUAAGUAAAUUAAUAACAAUUGUUAAAAUAAAUUAAUAACAGAAACAA